CUUCCAGAGCGCCCUGCUACACAGACCAGGAGUACCAGAGCCUUCCUCCUCUUCUUCUUCUUCUUCUUCUGCACUUUUUGGUUGAGAGACAGCGAGCGGCUCGGGAUGGGGAAGGACACAGAGGUGACGGAGCAGGCGCCUGAGUUCACGGCCAAGGACUACACGGACCCUCCGCCGGCUCCCCUCUUCGACGCAGAUGAGCUCACCAAGUGGUCCUUCUACAGGGCCGUCAUCGCCGAGUUCAUCGCCACCCUCCUCUUCCUCUACAUCACCGUGGCCACCGUCAUCGGGUACAAGCACCAGUCGGCCACUGACGCCUGCGCCGGAGUUGGGAUACUGGGCAUCGCCUGGGCCUUCGGCGGCAUGAUCUUCGUCCUCGUCUACUGCACCGCCGGCAUCUCAGGGGGUCACAUCAACCCUGCGGUGACGUUCGGGCUGUUCUUGGCGAGGAAGGUGUCGUUGGUGAGGGCGAUAUUCUACAUCGUGGCUCAGUGCCUCGGCGCCAUCUGCGGCGCGGGGCUAGUGAAGGCCUUCCAGAAAGCUUUCUACGUCCGCUACAACGGUGGUGCCAACAUGCUCAACAACGGCGUCUCUAAGGGCGUCGGCCUCUCCGCCGAGAUAAUCGGUACUUUCGUGCUCGUCUACACAGUCUUCUCUGCCACCGAUCCCAAGAGAAGCGCCAGAGACUGCCAUGUUCCGGUCCUUGCACCACUGCCCAUCGGGUUUGCCGUGUUCAUGGUCCACCUUGCCACCAUCCCUCUCACCGGCACGGGCAUCAAUCCGGCCAGGAGCUUCGGUCCCGCAGUCAUCUACAACCACCACGAGGCCUGGCACAACCAUUGGAUCUACUGGGUGGGACCCUUCAUUGGAGCUGCCUUUGCUGCUGCAUAUCACCAGUACAUCCUCAGAGCUGCUGCCAUCAAGGCCUUGGGAUCAUUCAGGAGCAACCCCCGUGUCUAGAAUCGAGUCAUAUCUCCCUCAAUCUCUCUCUUGCUCUCUCUCUUAUUUUCUGUGUAUUUCUUUCCUUCUUUCCUCGCCAUUUUUCUCUUUUCGCUUCUUUCUCUUUCCUCCUCCCUGUCUGCUGGUGGUGGUGGCGGUGGCGAUUGAAUGGAAUGUAUGGAUGAAUGAAGAAUCUUUUGAGAGAGACCAACCAUCGCUGCAUGUGUGUCGUGUGGAUUUGUGCCAUUGUCUAUCAAAUUCGUGCAGGUGGAACCACCCGGAUAAAUUGUAUAGAUGACUCUUGUGUUCUUUUACCUCUCUUUUCCCUUAGUUGCUUUCCGUCACAAGUGCUGUCGUUGGUGUCCUCAUUUGCUGUAUCUGUGAUUCUUGUUCAUUAUUUUAAUGGGGAGUGCUUUUUGUUC